UUAAAAACAUAUAAUAUUUAGUAAAAUGUCUUCGGUGUUAGAUAUGAUCAGAGACAAGUUAUUCGGCCCACCUAAGCUAGAGCUCAUUAAGCUGGGUGAUGGCGAACAGACUCCAAUGAAAACAAAGAAAAAUAAGAACAAAAAGAGAAAAAAUAAAAAUAAGCAAGAACAAGAAGAAAAAGGCCAGCGAGGCUGCAAUUUCAAGGAGUAAAACUGAAGUUAUAGAAUCUCCUAAAGAGCAAGAUUUAAAAAUUCCAGAAACUUCCCGCCAGAAAGAUCUCUUGAAAGUUGCAGCUGAGCCGUCUUGUGAGCAAGGCUGGACUGCUGUUCCUGAGACUAUCAAGAAAAAGAAGUCUAGAAAGAAGAAAACCCAAUUAAACAAGCCUAAGAUAGAUCCUUCUAUCAGUAAGAAAACUCAGAAGGGUCAAAACAGCUUAAAUACUUCUUCCAAAAAUAAUUCAGUGAAAAAGAAGGCUUCUCAGGUUACUCAAAAGAAAGAGCCAAAGGCAAAAUCAGAGAAACGGAAGAAGCCUCAGAAGACUAUGGUUGAUAGGAUCUCGAAGAGUAUCAUCCUUCAAAUAGUCAAUCAAUCAGUUGAUCUAUGACUUGAGCAAAUCAAAGCUAAGAAGGAUGCUGGCCAAAUUGAGAAGAAAGAACUUCCUAAGCCAAAAGAGAUCUCUAAGAUAAUACAAGAUAGGUGCAAGGAAGAGAAAGAGAUCAAACUAAUCACAGAGAAUGAAGAUAUGGAAUCUUGUUCUUUAAGUGUAGUUCCAAACCAGAAGGCGUACCAAUCUACUCUUAACAGUGAGAGGAACUCUCCUUCAGCUUCUACAUGUAUUAAGCUUAAGAAGGAAGAUAUCUCACUGGCUUCACACUGUAAAGAAGACAACUUCGAUCAGAUCUCUCGACCCUAUAUUGAAGAGAGUAAAGAGAAGAGAUCAGAUAAUCUUGUGAUAACCUCAGAAGAGCAUAAACAAACUUCAAAAUCAAUCCAAGAUGAAUGUCAGAAGCCAUUAUCAAUAAUACACAAAAUCGAAACCUUUUAAGCCAACUUAUGCUAAGAAAACUCCACAUCAGAGUAGUCCAUACAACGUUCAUGGGCAAAGUACUCAGAACAGUUGGCAAUUUCAACAAAACUACAACAUGGGUAGCCAGACAAACAAUGGGUUUACUCAGCUGUUAGAUAACAGCUGUCUGCAGCUGCUUCAUGAGAAGUUAAUGGCAUUCGCGACUACUGGGUACCAAGGAUACAACCAAGUCUCAGGAGGAUACUAUGGACAUCAUAUUUAUCAGGGCUCUGAUGCUCGGUCUCAUGGCAUUCCUUCUGGGGUGAAUUUUCCUAAUGAUACCUCUCCUGGAUACCAGGAGGGAUCAACCUACAAUGGAAGCAACACUGAGUACCAAAGCACUGUUCAUGACGAAGCAGGCUUCUUUGAAAGAGUUGAUAAAGAAAUUUACAAAUUUGUAGAAGAAGUCAAGAGAAAACUCGAUAGUGUCCAGAAAGAAAGAGAAAUCUGUGCCCAGAAGAUCAUCCUUGAUAUGUGAAAAGAAGCUUUCGAAGGCCAGAAGAUCCAGAUAGAUGUCUUCGGCAGCCUUUCUACAGGUCUUGCUCUUGAGAGUAGUGACAUGGAUUUGGUCAUCAUAGGCUUAAAGAUCGAAAAUCGUGGCGAUAUCGUUGAUCAUAUAAGAAUCCUUGCUCAAUAUUUUGAAGAAUCUGAAUAUUUUAGGAAUAUAAACCCUAUCGAAGGAGCAAGUAUUCCAGUUAUAAAACUAGAAGUUGACUUGCAACUAAUCAGAGAGAAUGAAAAUUCUGAAAAUAAAUCUGAAGUUGGCCCAAACAUGAGAUAUCUUCAGAUAGAUAUAACAUUUGAAGAUCAUAAAAGAAUACAAUUUGAUACCUUCUGGGAAGGAGAUGAAUGGGAUCACUCUAAACUAAAUCAUUUAGGAAUAAAAUCGAUCCAUCUUGUGAAAUCUUACCUGAAAGAUUAUUCCCAUAUCUCUGAAUUAACAUUAUGAGUGAAGAAACUCUUAUCCCUCAGAGGAUUAAACUCCCCAUACAAAGGAGGACUCAGUUCAUAUGGAGUAACCAUAAUGAUAGUGGCAUAUAUGAAUUUCUUCAGCCUCCAGAACUCUUGGCUUCACGUCUCUCAGCUCCUCAUCCACCUACUUGAGUUUUAUGGCUCAAAAUUUGAUGAGAGAAAAGUUGGGAUCCUGGUCAACCGUGGAGGAUGCUUCUAUCCAUUCAAUUCAGUGUCAGAACACCCAAUUGUAAUCAAAGAUCCUUUGAACAUUGAGAACAACAUUGGAAAGAGUACUUACAGGUUCUCUGAGAUAAAGUCUGCUUUCUCAGAGUCUGCUAGUAUCCUUCAAAGAGAGAAGAACUCCUAUUAUAAGAUCUCGGAAGAGGAGAUCCUGGAGCAGGAUCAUCUGCUCCAAGAAGAUACUCCUGAAUUUAUAGAGAAGCUGUUCUACCUCAGAAAGAUAUUCACUUCUGAAGGGGGAGACUAAGUUCUUCAAAACCAUAAUUAUGAAGUAUUAUCCAAUUUUAUUAUAUAAUUUCAGUA